AGCGGGACCCUUGGCUGCCAGGACCCUCGCUGACGCCCACCUUUAAACCCCACCAGACCAGUGGAUCGCGAUCUGACGGACCGGGCCGCACGUUCCUCUCCGCGGCGGAAUGCGACGAUUCUUCGGCCGGCGGCCGAAAGCCGCGACAACUGGUUCGGCGGCUCAGCAAAGCCAGUCAGAGCGACCCCCCGUCGCGGCCUCGUCUUCGACCAAGACUUUCCCCUCGGGCAUCAAGCCGCUUUGCUGCCCGGCAGGUGCCAUCGUCGACAUCGUUUUUGUCCACGGCCUGACCGGCGACCGCGAGAAGACAUGGACCGCCAGCGACGCGUCUGAGCCAUGGCCCAAGGCCCUCCUCCCGUCCGAGCUCCCGGCCGCGCGUGUCCUCACAUUCGGAUAUGAUGCAUACGUGACGGACUGGCGGGGCAUUGUGUCGCAGAAUCGGAUUGCCAACCAUGCGUGGGAUCUUCUGACGUCUCUCGCGUCGUAUCGAGAGAAAGACGAUACGGCAUUGUUCACAUCGAGACAGCGGACGGAACCACACCUUCAUAACGUCCUCCGGUUGACGCGCGGCAUCGCCUUUCUCGGGACGCCACACCACGGGUCAGGGCUGGCACGAUGGGCCGAGCUGCUGUCGCGAUCCAUCGGGAUCAUCAAGCAGACGAACACACAAAUCGUUGAGGUGCUCAAGCGCGACUCGGAGGUGCUCGCGCGGAUCCAGGACGGUUUCCACACCAUGGUCCUAGCGCGUGGCAGGGAGGGCCAGUCGAUCGAGAUCAGCUGCUUUUUCGAGCAGCUGCCUCUGCCAGGCAUCGGCCAGGUUGUGCCGCAGGAUUCGGCCAUUCUGCCUGGAUAUAUCCCGAUCGGGAUCCGCGGCAACCAUAUGGACAUGACCAAAUUCGCCAGCGCGGAUGACCCGGGGUUUCAGGCAGUUUGCGGAGAGCUUCGUCGGUGGGUGAAGCAGCUCGGCAGGGCUGCACCACUAGACGGAAAUCUACUCCCUCCAGGGUCUGGCAGCGCAUCCCAGGAUGGUGAGCUCGGACCGGCCGAGUCGGAUAGGCGAGAUGGGCCCCAGAGCGAUGCGACGAUGUUCCUCGUGCCAUAUACCUGCAAUCCCGACUUCGUCGGGCGGUCCGAUAUUCUCGAAAAGCUCAAGGACCAGCUCGGCCUUAUGCAGCGGCAGAGCAAGUGGCACCUGAGAGCCGCGCUGUACGGCUUGGGAGGCAUUGGGAAAACGCAAAUCGCACUGGCAUACGUGUACUGGCUGCGGGAGGAGUUUCCUGAUCUAUCGGUCUUCUGGGUCGACGCGAGUAACACCGAGCGGUUUCAUCAGUCAUAUGCAUCGAUCGCGCAGGAAUGUCACGUCCCUGGUCACGACGAUCCCAAGGCGGACGUGGUGCCGCUGCUGAAGAGGUGGCUGGCGAGCAGGGACCGCGGCAGGUGGCUGAUGGUGCUUGACAAUGCUGACGACACGCAGCUCGCCAGCGGGCCGGGAGGGCUUGGGCAGCACAUUCCCGAAUGCGCGCAUGGGUCUGUUCUCGUGACGACGAGGAACAAGGAGGUGGGCUCGAGGCUCACAAGGGGCGGACGACCGAUCGAAGUCGAAAAAAUGGACGACAGCGAGUCGAACGAGCUGCUCGAGAAGAAGCUCGAGCAAGACAGAAUCGAUCCCAGCGACUUGUCUACGCUGUCAUCUCGAUUGGAGCACCUACCGCUCGCGCUGGUCCAGGCGGCUGCGUUCAUGCAGGAGAAGUCCGUACCGAUCAGCAGGUAUCUUGAGCUCUUGGACAACAGCGAUCAAGACCCCGUCGAUCUGCUUAGCGAGGAAUUUGAGACGGACGGGAGGGACUCGGGGACCCCUCGUGCAGUGGCUGAGACAUGGAUCCUCUCUUUCGAGCAGAUCAAACGGCAAAAUGCGUUUGCGGCUGAACUCCUUUCGCUCAUGAGUCUUUUUGACCGGCAGGCCAUUCCAUUGGAAUUUCUGUUCUGUUACAGCGAGCAACAGGGCCAAGAGCAAAGGGGGGAAAUAGCGCUUACGAAGGCAUUGGGGCUUUUGAAGGCGUUUUCUUUUGUUACCGAGAAUCAAGGCUAUGGAUUCGAUAUGCACCGCCUCGUACAACUGGUCACGCAAAAGUGGCUCGCUAGGAAGGGCACGAUACGCCAAUUUGCGGAACACGCGCUCUUGGUGGUGUCGCAAGCUUACCCAUACGGCAGUUAUGAGAACCGGGCGAUAUGUAACGCAUUCCUUCCGCAUGUGUACGCAGUACUGAGACUGGAAAGCACUGGGUCGAAGGAUGAGAGGCUGGCAAGGGCAUCCAUUCUCCACUGUGCUGCCGGAUUCUUCGCUUACCAAGGUCAAUGGAAUGACGCGGAGAAGUUCCAGUUACAGGCAAGAGGGUUGCGAAGGGAAGUGCUUGGAGAGGAGCAUCCUUCUACGCUGGCCAGCAUGGCCGACCUGGCGUCAACGUACUGGAAGCAAGGCCGAUGGAAGGAGGCCGAGUCGCUACAGGUGCAAGUGAUGGAAGCGAGAAAGAGGGUACUGGGAGAGGAGCAUCCUUAUACUCUGACUAGCAUGAAUAACCUGGCGUCGACGUACCGGAAGCAAUGCCGAUGGAACGAGGCCGAGUCGCUAGGCACGCAAGUAACGGAGACGAGUUUGAGGGUGCUGGGAGAGGAGCAUCCAUCGACGCUGACUAGCAUGGCCGACCUGGCGUCGACGUACUGGAACCAAGGCCGACGGAAUGAGGCCGAGGCGCUAGAGGCGCAAGUGAUGGAGACGAGAAAGAAGGUGCUGGGAGAGGAGCAUCCCGACACGCUGAGCAGCAUGGCUAGCCUGGCGUUGACGUACUGGAACCAAGGCCGGUGGAAGGAGGCCGCGUUGCUGGGCGUGCAAGUGAUGGAGACGCGGAAGAGGGUACUGGGAGAGGAGCAUUCAUUGACGCUGACUAGUAUGGCCGACCUGGCGUUGACGUACUGGAAGCAAGGCCGAUGGAAGGAGGCCGAGUCGCUGCAGGUGCAAGUGAUGAAGCGUUGACGAGUCUUAAAAGACUGCGGUCAUCAGCAAAAGCUGUAGUCGACAAAGAAGGCGAAUCUGGAAGGUCUCAGGACGGCUACGCCGCAAGGACGCACGGCUUGGUGGGUGAGCUGCCGGGUGAGAGCGUCUGCGGUUCGAGAAAUGCUGAAAGAGGGUGAAGACAAGAGAUGGAGAGAAAAAAAAGUAUGCAGCGUGGCGAGACGAGUGGCAGC